CGCGACGGAGGUGUAGCCUGACGCGGUCUCUUACGUGUCGGCCUGAAUAAAAGUGGAGCUCCGAGGGCUCGAGAGUGACGGAGGGAGUCUGUAUCGAUUUCUGCAGUAGCAGAGAGUGAAGACUUGCCAGAGUCAGUGGACGGUGUAAAAAUUUUGUCUGGGUUUCCCUCUUAUAGCUAACUCGAUGAUCAUGGAGUCGGGAGCCGAUGCCCAGCAGGGUGCAGACACUGCGGUCUCGGAAACUGAGAACCAACAGAUCACACAGGCCCAAAUCGCCACUCUUGCACAGGUAACAAUGGCUGCUGGACACGCUAGUGCCACAACACCCACAGUCACCCUGGUGCAGCUGCCCAAUGGUCAAACAGUACAGGUGCACGGAGUGAUUGCUCAACCUUCAGUCAUUCAGUCUCCACAGGUGCAGACUGUCCAGAUUUCCACAUUAGCGGAGAGUGAGGACUCACAGGAGUCAGUGGACAGUGUGACCGACUCUCAAAAAAGAAGAGAGAUCCUUUCUAGACGCCCCUCAUAUAGGAAAAUCCUGAAUGACCUGUCAUCAGACGCUCCAGGAGUUCCGAGAAUCGAAGAGGAGAAAUCCGAGGAGGACGCUGCGCCUGCCAUCACUACAGUGACCGUGCCAACUCCAAUAUAUCAGACCAGCAGCGGCCAGUACAUCGCCAUUACACAGGGUGGAGCCAUUCAGCUUGCAAAUAAUGGUACAGAUGGAGUGCAGGGAUUGCAGACUCUAACCAUGACCAAUGCAGCAGCAGCCCAGCCGGGGACCACCAUCCUGCAGUACGCCCAGACCAGUGAUGGUCAACAGAUACUGGUGCCCAGCAAUCAAGUGGUAGUACAAGCUGCUUCUGGAGAUGUUCAGACCUAUCAAAUUCGUACUGCCCCAACUAGCACUAUUGCUCCAGGUGUGGUCAUGGCAUCCUCUCCAGGCCUGCCAAGCCAAGGAGGUGCUGAAGUGGCCACGCGCAAGAGGGAGGUCCGCCUCAUGAAGAACAGAGAGGCUGCUCGUGAGUGCCGUCGAAAGAAAAAGGAAUAUGUCAAGUGUCUGGAGAACCGUGUGGCCGUUUUGGAGAACCAGAACAAAACUCUCAUCGAGGAACUCAAAGCACUCAAAGACCUGUACUGUCACAAAUCAGAGUGAUGUACCACCCGUUCUCCCUUCAUUCUGGCAGACUUGUGUGUACAGAGACUAAAGGACGCAUGUUUUCUAAAUGUUUUCUUAUUUUAAAUUGCUGCAGACUGCCUGUAUGAACACACAAGUACGAGAGGGAACUGAACAGAAGCCCCUGGCCAACACAAAUCUCUAAAAAUAUUGGAUCGUGUCAUUAAAGACAAUAAAAAUGCUGAAAACCUUACUGUGGACAUAAACACACAAGUAUGUUCUCAGCCAUGUUUACUUCUGGACUCAAACCGAAACUCAGAGGAGGGGUUUGUGGGAAAAUGUUUACCUUUUUUUCCAAUGUGCUGGUGUACAAGUCGUCAAUAACUUUUAAAAGAGAUACAAAUAAUGUACAAUAAUAAUAAUUGAACUGACAUUUCAAUAGUAUGGUAAGCAUCGAGAAAGAUUUUGUCUUGGAGUUAGCAUCAUUCCCUCUUGAGAUUUUAAAGGUUUAACGUGUCUGACUGUUACUUUUAUUUGGUGUAUAGUGCUCUUGUGUUUUAAGUUGACAUUUUUACCUUUAAAUAUGAACAAACUAUAUGAAAUGAUGAAAGCUGAUUUACAGAAUCUAUGCCAUUUAUAAACAGAAAUAUUGUGUAUUGUAUACAGAACAAGAUUAUAGCCUAUGUAUAUUUUGAUUUUUACAUUUUGCUCAUUUUAGAUGACAAAAAUUGACCUAAAUCAUUUAAUUUCAUAAAAUACUGCCUUUGCAGUAGCAACAGUUGCACAAACACAAUAUAUAAUAAGGUAAUUUUAUUGCAGACAUUUGGUCAAAUAUACACCAAAAUUCACAUUACAAUGUCAGGAAUUACUCAGAAGUUAAACAUUUCUUCACAUUUAUAUUUGGCAGAUCACUUUUGUGUUAUGUUUGUGUAUCAUAGAGCUAUAAUUGGAUGAAAUACAAUCCAGUACGUUCUAUCUCUGGCAUUAAAAACAAAAGCAUGUUUUAUAAAUAUUACAUUAGCUUUGUCAGUUUUUCAUUUCAAUACUAACUGGGAGGCAGUGUCUUUGUAUUUGAUAAUGUGAUAACAUAAGUAAAGAGUACAUGUUAUCUAUUAUAGCAUAUGCAUUUUUGGCAGCUAUUUCAUAUUUUAAAAAAAAGAUAUGUUAAAAGGAUUUAUCUUGGUUUCAUUUUUCCUUUGUUCACAUUCAGUUGCUUCUGAAAAUUCAAGAAACAACUGAACAGUUGGUAACUUAAGUUACAGUUUGCCUUCAAUCAACGUAAGUUGUAUUUUUUUUUGUUUACAAAGUUGUCUCAGUUGAACCAAACUGUUUAAGGCUUUUAAAGUUCUUGAUGAAUUUGUUUUUUUUUCGAAUCUGUCAAUUAUCUGACUUUUAAAGUUGUUUAAAAAGCAAAAGGGGUUCACAUUUUGGUUGUAGUAUGACAUUUUGCAUAUAUUUUGCACUGAGGACAGAAAGUUUUAAAAGAGAUGUUAGCAGCCAAAGAGACUAUGAAUUAAAAAUGCCCAUCAACAACUCCAGUCCGUACUGAAAUGUACCUGUGUCAUCUGUUGGCAAGUGCAUCAUCUGCUGUUACUCUUAAACUUCGAACCGUCUGCCUGACGUGUCAUUUACGCAUUCAGGCGUGACAAAUUAGGGAAGAAAUCUCUCCUCAGCAAGCGCUCACGGUCCAGAUCUGCAGUCUCAUGCAACCUGAUUUCCCUCACAAAACCAAUUAUUUUCUGACACAAGAAUCUGAAUUGGCUCAUCGAAGGACAGACUGACCUCAGCUUUCAGAGAAAUGCAAAUUCUGUCUGUUUUCAGUGAUAGAAUCUUUAUUCAUUUUUCUGAACUGAUAUUAACUUUUUCCCCCCUUUUGUAUGUACCCCGUAUGCAAUGAGAUUGAGCUACUGCCAUGCUGGCCAAUGUGAACUCUGAAAUAUGCGACUAUGUGUGUUUGUCUUCAUGCAUACAAAAGACCAAUCAAUCUAAAGCAAUGUUUGAUCCCACUCAUUUUGGACAAAUACAUCAUGCACUUUUUGUAUGAUAGCUUUCACCUUUUGGACACUAUGUACAGAACUGGUAGGAUUUUAUAGUGUUUCAAGAGUUUAGAAGUGUAUACCCUGUGACUUGGCUUACAUUUUUAGAAGCUUUGCACUCUAUUAAUGUUAAAACACAAUUGUGUAUACUUGUUGUUCCCCCAACUCCCUUUUGUACACAAAUGUAAAUCUUUAAUAAAAUACUAAUA